UUUAUAUCUCAUUUUUUCUUUCCAUGGAUCUCAGUAGUUUACUCAACAGUCAAAAGGAAACGAAUCUGUCUUUGAAAGACAUACUCGAAUUACUUUCCAACCCGGAUAGUGCAGUUAUUAUUGAAAAAGUUCGAACAAGCACCGCCUUCAUCUACCCAAACCAAAAAGCGGAAUCGUUUCUAUUUUUUGACAGAUUCAUUCAACUAUUGCUUUCGAUUGAUCUUGAAGACGAUCCAUUUAGCUCUCAGUAUACCAAAUCCAUCUUUAUCGAUGCCUUUCGGAAAUGUGUGAAUGGAUUGUUGCAGCAGCAUGGCAAUAGCUGGUUGAUCGAGUUUCCUUACGCUAUCACUGCCAAAACCUGGGUAGCCUUACGUAAACAAUCCGAUGUUACGAUUCUAGUUUGUCUCUACGGUCUUGUGCUCACAGCUGGUACCGCUGCUCCGUCCAUAGAGUGGGUUGAAGCCAUGAUGCAGUUCAUACAAUGCAAUUAUGUGGGUAUCAUCACCCAUCUUUGGCUGACCUGUUGUUGUACCUUGGAAGAAAAUGAACGAGUGAAUGGAGAUCUUGCUCAAGAAUUAUUUUUGCACACCUUGGACAACAGAAUUAAGCAUGAACCUGCAUAUACAAUUGAUGUCGCAAAGAAAUUAUUUACAAUUUUGAAGGCAAAGGAUACGCAGUACCUAGCGACACAUGUAGAUCAAUUUUUGGGCAAUGCACUAGCCAGACCUGAAUUCACAAAAGACGCAUUUACCGUCGGUUAUUUGGGAUUGGAGAAUGGCUGCAAAAUGCAGACGAAUCAGUAUCCAUAUAUCGCAAAGAUUUAUAUGGAACAUCAAACGCAGACAGCUGAUCUGAUGGAAACGGGUAACCCCUUAUUGAAUAAGGAGUUGUUGGAAUCAUGGACAGCCGAUAAAUACUCUCAAGCCCAAUCGAUACGAAAGGGCACUUUAUUUUGGAUUCAAAAGAUGACUACAAUGACACCAUCCACCUUUGAUAUGUAUCUAGAAAAAGCAAUCAAACAACAUUAUCCAGCAGAUAGAAAGACUGUGCUGGAUUUAUUAUUAGCAGAUUGGACCGCGAGGGAUAGAUUUCAUCGUCAUUUGAAUUUUGUCGCUGAUAUAAUCAUGUCGUUAUUAUCGAAAAAGUCCUAUAAUAAGCGAUCAGCACCAUAUUAUGCAUUUGUACACUUAUUCAAUAUACCAGAUGAACACCAUCAACAAGAUACAGAGGCAGCAGAUGCGUCAUACUAUGAAACAAAAUCAGGCGCUUUUAUUGAUCUAUCACAAUUUAGCAACUGCUCGGAUCAAGUAUUAAUGAAUGGAUGUUGUCGUUUAUUACAAAGAAUGACAAGGGGUGAUGCGACCCAACAUGUGAAGGAUUGGGUAGGUGAUUGCCUUCAAAAUGCCAACUCGGACAUUGUGCAAUACUAUGUUGGUUGGUUAGCACAGGGGCUAAAUACAGAGCUCGAGUCUAAAACAACAUCUAGUUGCUUUGCUCCAUUUUUAAAAGUAGCAUUAUCCUCGUGCGUUUCCUUUUCUACGUAUGUUGUGCCCACCUUAUUACAAACGUUUUCUCUCACAAGUCUACAAUGGCUUUUGAAGCAAGGUGAUCAUGCAAACACGAUACUGAUUCAUUAUUUUGAUGAUGGACCUCAGGUUUCAAAAUAUAUGAUGGUGCAAGGUCUUUUCAUGACAAAACCAAAAAAAUUCAUCGACCUGCUGUUGACUCAUUUUCGAGAAAUCAUGCCUGGCCAAGAUCCCAAAGCCCCUCGCUCGCGAGCUUGGUUUAAAAACCAUUUCCUGGGUGUGAUUUUAUCUUUGGUAGGAGAGGAUACAACUGGGCAAGGUGUAGCUUGUUGUAUUUUUCGUCAAUUGUUCAAGACGCGCGACGACUUCGAAUGGUACUUUGCGACACCUCUUGUGCCUGUUGCGAAGAGAAUCAAUUUCAAGCCUUUAGAUCUAUCAAAUUCGCACGAUAUUUAUUCCGUCAAGUAUAGUGGUUUAGCGGCCAUGCUACAAGAAAUGGUGAGAUUAGGAGAUACAGAUAAAAAGGAAAGGUUGAUUAAGGUGUGGUUUGAUCUCUGGACGAGUGGAUCUAAAUUCACUGUCCCCGUGAGUUGGGUACUACAGUGUGCUGGAUUAUACGACCAAGCACCCGUCUUGGUUAAACAAAUGAUUAAAAGAUUUGUCAAUAUCGGAUUGGAUCAGCAACAAGAGCAGGAGCAGGAUAUUAUGAGAAUGGCACCCGAAAGAAAGUUCUUAGACCGUAUUAUGGAUUUAGUACUACUAUCAGACACACCCGAACCGGAUAGUCUGUUUGAGCUGGUCUUGAACGUGUCGCAAUCGCAAAACACCUUUGAAGAAAUCAAUUGGGCCAUUAUCAAUAUAUUAGUGGAACUAUCCGAAGAGAUUGAGGUAGAAAUGUCUUUGACAGCUGCGCCAGAGCGUCCACCUGUAAAGCCUAUAUCGAAAAGGGAUCGAAGACGUGGCAACAAAAAACAAAAGAAUCUUUCGGCCAGAAAACUUCGAGACGCCAUGAAAAAACAUGAGGAAGAAUUGGAAAAGUUCUUGCAGGAAACCAAAAACAAUGCCAUUAAAGCGCUUACCACACUUGUUCAACGAGUUUUCAAUUUCCUGUUACGGUUAUUGAAUAAUGCCACAUUAGCAGAUGAUGCAGCAAAUGCUAGUUUAUCAUUUAAGCAAGAUAUUCAACACAAAUUAACCAUUAUACCCUUGUUUUACGAACCUUUAUCGAAAUUAGCUCGUCUUAUUCGUGAACCAGAAGAUUUACAAGAAGAUAUCCAAACAACCAUAGAUUUAAGUGUGGAUUACUUGAAGAAACAGCCAGAUACACAUCUUUACGAGACAUCCCAAAAAAUUCUUGGUCUUUAAUAAAUAUUUUAUUACUAUUACACACUGUUGUACUUCGGU